CGUUAAGUGAUUAAUAUAAGCGAUAGUGGUGUUUGUGUGAGAGAAUGGACGGUUGGAGACGGUUGGAAUUAACGGACGCUGAACGUUAGGAAGCUCCUGAUAUAAACAGACAGAAGAGGAAUUAGUUAUUUGUUAUUUGUCAAAUCCUAUGGCUUGAAGUUUCAGGCGUCUUCCCUGCUCGCAGCUCAUGGAUUUCCUCCUGGACUAUGGCAUCAACGAGACCUACCACGACAACGCCACAGAGGCCUCCAACGGCACGGACGUUGAGGCCAAGCACCAGUACAACUACUACGCCAUGCUCCUGACGCUGCUUAUCUUUGUCAUCGUCUUUGGCAACGUGCUGGUGUGCAUGGCCGUCUCCAGGGAAAAAGCCCUGCAGACCACCACCAAUUAUCUCAUCGUGAGCCUCGCCGUGGCAGAUCUGUUGGUGGCUACGCUGGUUAUGCCCUGGGUAGUGUACCUGGAGGUGGUGGGCGAGUGGCGUUUCAGUAAAAUCCACUGCGACAUCUUUGUCACGCUCGACGUUAUGAUGUGCACCGCCAGCAUUCUAAAUCUGUGCGCCAUCAGUAUUGACAGGUACACAGCUGUCGCCAUGCCACUGCUGUACAACACGCGCUACAGCUCCAAGCGGCGUGUAACCGUGAUGAUCUCGGUGGUCUGGGUCCUCUCUUUCGCCAUCUCCUGCCCCCUUCUGUUUGGGUUAAACAACACAGCAACACGGGACGACGCCGUGUGUGAGAUCGCCAACCCGGCCUUCGUGGUGUACUCGUCCAUCAUGUCCUUUUACGUCCCCUUCAUCGUCACUCUCCUGGUGUACGUUCAGAUCUACGUGGUCCUGCGCAAGCGUCGGAAAAGGGUGAACACCAAGCGCAGCUGUCGGAGAGCCGACGCCGAGCCCCAGCCCGCUCUCAAGGAGAAGUGCACUCAGCCAGAGGAUGUAAAACUCUGUACAGUGAUUGUGAAAACCAACGGGAGUUUACCAGGCAAAACCAAGAAACCACCGAUGAUAAAAGAGGAGAGCGGAGUGGAGAUGGCACUGAUGGCCAGCCCCAGUCCUCCAGAGAAGACAAAGCUGGGAGUCACCACGACAGUCAACGCACUGGCCAAUCAGAGCCCAAGCGGUGAGGAGUGGCAGGCCAACGGCGAGGAGAAGAACGGCCACGCCAAGGACGUCCAGGUUCCCGCCGGGGCCAAAGCUUUCGAAACACAGACCCUGUCCAACGGCAAAAUGCUCACCACCAUCACCAAACCCAUGAGCAAGAGAAAAAUCUCACAGCAGAAGGAGAAGAAAGCCACGCAGAUGUUAGCCAUCGUGCUUGGCGUUUUCAUUAUAUGCUGGCUGCCGUUCUUCAUCACUCACAUCCUGAAGACCCACUGCACGAGCUGCUACGUGCCUCUGGAAAUGUACAACGCCUUCACCUGGCUGGGCUACGUGAACAGCGCCGUCAACCCCAUCAUCUACACCACCUUCAACGUGGAGUUCCGCAAGGCUUUCAUGAAGAUCCUGCACUGCUGACCGAGUUCAGCACAGUCUGGAUUUUCAGGAAAAGAGUCAGAAGUGAUCUUGUAAUGACAGUACACUCAGAAGAGAGUAUUUCCGACACAUUGGAGGUGACAUUGGAAACUGCAUGCUGCGUUGCCAGGGUUUGCCAGUUUAUUCCAGAGCUGUUCAGUGAGAAUGAGGUCAGGGCUCGGUGCAGGACACUGGAGUUUCUUUAAACUGAGAUUUUCUUCAUGUCUUUAGAGAGUCGUGCUGAACCAGGGUUGCUACAGUGUUUACAUGCGUCAUAUUGGCUGACGGAAUCAUUUCUGCUCUCAGUGAAGUAUGAUGAGAUUGUUGUUCUCAGUACGUGUGCAUUUCAAACUAUGUGUAUGGACAUGGACAUUUUCUGAAGAGAAGACUUUUACAUUGUAAGUAAAAUCUGAGUUUAUGCUACAGUACGUCAUAUAUUUUGUAAUACUGAUGUAAACAUUGAGCGAAUAAAAUACAAGUCAUACCUUCCAGCCAGCAGUUUCUCCUCAGCAUCAGAGUGUUUAUUUGACUUGUAUUUCUCUCCAAUCCCUUUUUUACAUCAAUUCUGUUGAAUGUGUUAAAAGUGGAAAGUGAAA